AUGCCUUUUGGGCUUCGAAAUGCCCCACAGGUCUUUCAAAGAGCCAUCAAUUCCGCCCUUAAGCCCCUUGACGAUGACAGAAUCCUAGUUUACAUGGAUGACGUACUCUCUGUAUCGGAAACGGUUAGUGAAGGAUUAGUGAGGCUAGACAAAUUACUAGAAACACUUUCUAAUUCAGGGUUUUCUUUCAAUUUUGAUAAAUGUUCAUUUAUGAAAAAGAAGAUCGAAUAUUUGGGAUAUACGAUUUCUUCUGGAGAAAUUAGACCAAAUCAUCGGAAAAUAGAAGUUUCGCAAAAAUUGCCAACCCCAAGCACCGUUACACAAGUAAGACAAUUGAUUGGCUUGGCCUCUGAUUUCCGUCAAUUCAUUCCCAAUUUCCCUAAAUUACUAAAACCUCUUUACCCUUUGACUGCCGCAGGGAAAGGGAAAAUAUCAUGGACCCCCGAUCAUAAUAAAGUCCUAAAAACUAUAAUUACUCAUUUGACAAACAAACCUGUUCUUAAAAUAUUUGAUCCAAAGCUACCCAUAGAACUUCACACAGACGCGAGUAGCGAAGGUUACGGCGCAGUUCUGAUACAAAAAGUAAAUCAUUUACCUCACGUGAUUGCUUACUUCAGCCACCGAACAACUGGUGCAGAGAGUCGUUAUCACUCAUACGAGCUCGAAACUUUGGCGGUAGUUAAGGCUGUAGAGCAUUUUCGGCACUAUUUGUACGGUCGUAAAUUUACAGUUUUUACUGACUGCAGUUCUCUAAAAGCUUCUCACUCAAAGAAAGACUUGAUGCCCAGAGUACAUAGAUGGUGGGCUAUAUUCCUAUGUCCUAUGAUUUCGAUAUAG